AUGAGUGCUCCGUCGAGAACCGAAAAGAUGAUGGAGUGCGGCGUUCUGACCACAUGGAGCGCUGGGCAGAUCCGACAGACAAGGACUUUAGCGGUCUCGCCGGAAACCAGCGAUACCGAGUGCCCGCCGUCACCGAGCGGUGACUCGAUGCUCGCGUAUGCUUGCGCGGACAGCUUCGCCCGGACCAAGCGAGCUCAAUGGUAUAUCGAAGUUGACUCGGAGGCGAGGCGAUGGAGUCUGCGGUGCCACCAUAGGUCAGCUGACGAGCUUCUCAGUAGGAUCAUUCACGUUCUGGAGGACAUUUCGCUGGAAGUUGAGGGCUUUGAGUGGAAAUCUGCGGCACUGCAGCACUCUCCUGAGCCAAAUGAAACCGCUCAUGGCAUGUUACAAGUCUUUGGAGGAUACCAAAUACACAAACAACGUGCUGGGGUUGAGCGAAUGUUACGGCUAGCUCUCUAUCGUACUGACAGUUUCGACGACGUAUUAUUGGAUGACUACUUUGCGGGCGAAGACGAUGACGACCGCAGCGCAUCCGGCGUUCAGGUCAGAGAUGAUACCGCAUGGGUCCACUUUAUCGACCAGUGGCGACGACGGGGUGAAUGCGUUGUGACCGUGCGAAGCGCGGCCUGCACAGCAACCGCCCUUGAACAAAUCAUAGAAUAUUUAGGUCAGGAAGGCUUUGUCGUGCGCAGCGCUGAAAUCAUUGCGGGCGGCUAUAAUCGUCGAGUCGUCACUCCCGAAACACCUUCCUGUCCCUGUGCUGAAUGCCUCGUGCAGGCGCAGCAGCUGUGGGCCGCAGCGCAGGCCGAUGCUCUGAAUGCCAGAGUCCCAUUGACGUUACUGCUUGGCCUGACGGGCUCUGCAAGCCACAUAGCCCACUUGAUUGGUGUGAGACUGGAUCGCUUACGUGCACUUUGCACAAAACUGGCCGGCCCCGAGUGCUCCGUUGAAGUCUAUCCACCGCACACGGCGGUGGUCGUGGCCGCUCUGGAAGAUGGGCCCGGCGUCGGCAGGGGCAUUAGUCUCUACAUCCCGCGCGUCUCUGAUCUGGAGUCGUUCUCAGAAUAUGAUGAUACACGCUCGAUUAGGACGCAGCGCAUGACGCCAUACGGGGUCGAGCAUCCUUGUCGCCGGUCGUCUGACGGCUCUGGUACGGAAACAACUUGCUUGAGCGCGUCACCGCCCCGCUACUGCUUGGCCACCACUGGCGCCAACGGCAGUUUUAGCCAGACAGCGGUGAAGGUUCAGCACUGCGAUCUGGGGCAUGCAUCGGAGGCAUCGGUUUUAUCCAUGGCGGGCCACGAGGCCUGCAACGAGCAGACAGCGCAGCGAACAGGACCCGUGCGCAGCGACUCGGAGGCGGAGCUCGUCACAAAACGUCGCCAAACGAGCGCUCGAAUGCGCAUGCCCGAUGAGCCCGUCGCUCGGAUUCCAGUCGAGAAAGUGCCAGUCUUGAAGACGGACGCUGUCGGAGCUGGGCGAGACAUUUCGCUGGUGUCUGAUGACACACUACAGGAAAGCGACACAACACGCUCCUCUUCCGAAGAGCAGGAGGUGAUGCGAGGCGCGGAGCUAGCAGGGGUUUCGUUCCGUUCGCCUUCGGCGUUUGCAUCAAGCGCAUGGUCGCCAUCCGAGACGCGAACACCCGACACGAUCACUGCUGCGGAGGCAUCGGCUGCGCUGCGCGCACCGCCUCCCGGUAUCGCUGCCGUCAGCAACAGCGAAAUAGCCGGCACCACGCUGAACCAAGAACACUUGGCCGAUGCGCUACGCUAUCUGUUUGCGCCGGACAUACCCCGUGUCUCAGUGGAACAUGAAACCUCAACGCAGUUCCGCGUUGUCGUACACACCCAUUCACGCCCCGGCAUUGGCCUUGACUUGAUCAGAGCGUUCCGCGCACUCCGUUGCACCAUUGUUCGAGGGCGCCUCUCCGACCCGCGCGAUACACGGCCGCCUCUGAAACGCCUCGGAGCCAGCAGCGCUACCGACACACCCCAGGCCGUUGUUGCCGAGCUCCUGCUCCAAGUGCCUGCUCUAGCAAGCGCCGACAUGCUGGACACCAAAGGCGGCAGCUCGGGCACCGCUGAUUCAGGCAUUGAGCGCUGGAAAGCGCGUUUACGAAACAUCGUCUUCGACGCCGUGGCGAAUCCGAUUUGCAUGCGCAAUGCGCGAGACGGCGCGGUCACCUGCGUGGCGUUGCAUGCGUACGCGCACACGUGUCAACUCGGCGAUCUGCUGCGCUUUAUGCAUGCUGCGCGGAUGCGUGUACGUCGCGCACGCAUCCGCACCUUUGGAACACGCAUCUACGAAUGCGUGCAGUUCACGGAUAUGGUGAUGCAAAAGGCGGUACCUUCGAUGCUGUGGGCAGAUUUACGGGCGCGCAUGUUGGCCGCGCUCUUCCACACGGACUGCACUGGACUGGUGUUUCCGGCACGCACGAAAAGCAUUCACUCGCGAUCGUUUCCCGCUAAUUGA